GACUCAGCCAUCUCCCCUGCCAGGGCCUCAGCCCCUUGCAUAGGAGUAGCAGUGCCCAGGCUUACCUCACUGCCACUGUCUUGUCUGUUUUUGCCUCAGAGGAGCAGUUUAUCUUAUCCCAGAUUGCACUCCUGGAGCAGGUGGAGGCUUUGGUGCCCAUGCUGGACAGCGCUCACAUCAAAGCUGUUCCUGAGCAUGCUGCCCGCCUGCAGCGCUUGGCCCAGAUCCACAUCCAGCAGCAGGACCAGUGUGUGGAGAUCACUGAGGAGUCCAAGGCUCUCCUGGAGGAAUACAACAAGACUACAAUGCUUCUCUCCAAGCAAUUUGUGCAGUGGGAUGAGCUACUUUGCCAGCUAGAGGCCGCCAAGCAAGUGAAGCCAGCAGAGGAGUGAUGGCUGCUUCCCAUUCCUGGGUGGCCCAGGACAGCCAGGCUCCAGGGCCCUGUGCUAAACUGCCUUUGUAACAGGGCAGAGGCAGCUCUGUAUUUAUUGGAUUCGCAGCCUACCUCUCUGCGUUCAGGUGGGGCUCUGAGGUCAGAGGUCUGGCUACUUGAGGUUUGCUAUUUGCACCCCCUCCCCACAUCAGUGUCCUAUUCCAGUGACAAUAAACUAUAGAAAUCACUGGA